AACAGCCAGGGAGGGAAUAUGAUUUAUGCUUUUGCUUUGUUCACGAUGAGCUUGUGGUGUCUGGUUGAUGUGACCGAUGAAGUGAAGACAAUAUCAGUGAUGGAGGGAGAUUCGUUCACUCUACACACUGAGGUAAAUGAAAUACAGAAAUAUCUGCUAAUACAGUGGAUGUUCGGAAGCACUCGAAUAGCUGAAAUUAACAGACUCACCAAAACCAACUCAACAUACGAUGCUGAUGGGAGAUUCAGAGACAGAUUAAAGCUGGAACAAACCGGAUCUCUAACCAUCACAAACACCAGCACCACAGAUUCUGGACUUUAUCAGCUAGCAACAGUCAACAGAGAGACCAGCUACAUAAAUUUCAAUGUGACAGUCUGUGCGGCUCCACACAGUUCUUCACCAUCAGAAAGAUCGUCAAGCUCAAACUAUGUGUUGUCCAGCUCUGCGGUCAACAAUUCAAUCGUCAAUCACGCUGAGGAUGCCAGCAUUACUGAGCUCUAUCAGCCGAGUUCAGUCUGCAUUCGACAUUGUGGUUUUACUGAAACUGUGAUCCGAUUGGCUCUCUCUGUUCUGGUGGGCGUGGCUGCUGUUGCAGUGCUGGUUUAUGACAUCAGAUCUACAAGAAAUGAGCUGAACAGGACAGAAGAGACCGGAUAUUUUGAUAAGACCCAUGGAGUCAAAUCAGACCAACAGUGAACUAAGCAGAAGGUUUAGUUCCCUAAA